UAUAUUAUUGUUAUCACACGUUAUCAUAUUUUAUCACAUGUUAACGUAUAUUAUCACUGAUAUCAUAUAAUUUUCCGUUGUCGUGAAAAAAACUGCAAAAUAACCGCCCGGGAUUCGAACCCGGACCCACCAGCUCCAACGUGAAUUAAUUACCAAUAGGCCACCCCGACCACUUGAGUACUAGAUGUUAUUUUUACCCAUUUAACUUUAUAAAUAAAUAUAAAAAUAUUUAAACCGCAGUAUACUGGUCAUAUUAUAAUAUCAUUAGGAUACUUAUAACUUGCAGCUGCGUACACAAAUAAUAUCGAUGAAUACACCAUAUAGGAGACAUUAAGUAGGCAUUAGUGAAUAACCGUUAUUAAGUCUAAUAAUUGUCGCAGGUAUUGACACGUCAAUCAAAUAAAUACAACAAUAUAUUGCCAUUAGAUAAAAUGCCAUUAGGAUUAUUCGAUAUGUUAAUUUCGAAAUUCGCACGACUCGUGUCGCCAGGAUGUGAUAUACUUAUUGAUAUUAAAAUAAACAUUUAUUACACUAAAGGUUUUAUUUAAUGAAUGUUAAGAUAUUAAUAUAUAUUAUUCACCGGCUCCGUUCUUAAUAGCCGCCUCUCACCAUUGUCACCACUAAGCGGUAGACAUUAGUGUCAACUAUAUAGCCACCAUAUGAUGUCUAUACAAUAUACAUCCGUUCACUAACAAAAUCGUAUACUCUUAAUAUACCCAUUAGAUGAUAUCCGUAAUUAAAGAAGAAUACAUUAGUGAAUAACCGAUAUUAAGUCUAAUAAUUGUCGCAGGUAUUGACACGUCAAUCAAAUAAAUACAACAAUAUAUUGCCAUUAGAUAAAAUGCCAUUAGGAUUAUUCGAUAUUCGCACGACUCGUGUCGCCAGGAUGUGAUAUACUUAUUGAUAUUAAAAUACCUAUUUUAGUGAAAAACACAUUAUUGUCCGAUAUUAGUACCUUCUGCCGGACGUAGUCUAAUAUCAAUUAAGUAUCAAUACCCCUACUACCUAUUCAAAUUCGUCUUUAUAUAUUCUGAAAGAGCCAACAGUUCUUCAGUACGUUAUUAACCGGUGUACACGUAUACGCUCCGACUUAAAAAUUUUAGUGAGUUUAAAAUUUUUACAAGUGUUUAAACAUUUUAUUAUUUUUCUUUUCGUUUUCAUUUUAAAUAUGUUUAAAUGCGAACAGUGCCCAUCUACGUUUACGCGUAAGGACAAUUUGGUCGUCCACCAAAAGAAGCAUGCAGGUGUACGUUUUCCGUGCACUGCAUGCCCAUCGACUUUUUCGUAUAAAAACAACCUCAACAAGCAUCUGAAGAACAUUCAUGGUAUGUACUAAAAAUAUAAAGUUUUAUUUUAUACAAUAUUAAUUUAUUAUUUUCCCUAAGGUAUCGUUCCGGCUCACCUCAGACCAUUGCCAGCUGCUCCGAUCAUAGAUCAACCAGCACGACCUAGCGUCAUCCAGUUCGCGCCUCGUAUUGUUGCCCCCGAUAGCGCGGCCAAUGACACAUGCAUCAUAAUAGAAGAUGAGGACACAGGUAUUAUACGCGCUCGACCACUGCAACGAGGUGAAAUAGAGAUCGCCCCGAAUAUUAUAGUAUCAGAUAUACCCGCUGGUCCCUCAUACGAGCUUCAACAUCAGUCGAAUAUGCCAAACGAUGGGUAUGAUGAUAUGUGCGUGGCAGUUUUAGAAAAUGCUCAAAAUAAAGGGCUAUGCAAAGCGUCAGAUUCUUAUACGACUUCGGUGGGUGGCAAACGCAUUUCCAUCGCCAACACAGUGUCAGCUGUUAAGGCGAAAAAGGCUCGUAUGGAACUGGUUAGAUCCCCGGGUCUUAGAGAAAUUUCAUCGUCUGGAAAACGUAGAAUAGUGUGGUAUUUCGCGAAAAAUCUAAAUAAUAUUAGAAAUUAUCCCGACUUUCUCCGUUCUCUCCAACCGGCUCUGACAGACAGGCUAAGGACGCACGCGCAGAGACAUCCAAUAAAAUUUAGCUUGAAGCUCGAGGCUACGUAUAACCGACCAAACGUACCUAAUUCAUCUGAAAAUCGAGCGUUUACAACAUCAGCCAAAGAAAUAUUUAGGGGUACAAAAAUCGAAACAGUAGUUGAAGAAUCUUUUAUGAAAUUAUUAGCUGAGGAAGACGCUUAUGUUUCUCGUGGUAGCGGGUUUACGUUAGAGUCCAUCGAUGGUUUACUACUAGCCGUUUAUAAGUAUACACCAAUAUCUGGUUCAUCAUAUAUACAAUUACCAAAAUCUAUCAUAGAUAAACGAGCAAUAAUAAAUCCUAAAAAUACAGACCAACAGUGUUUUAAAUGGGCUAUUUUAGCAAAACACGUCGCAGGACAAAACAAAUUUCGUGUCAAUGAAAAUUAUACCGAGCAUGAGGACAAAUAUAUUUUUAACGGAAUUUCAUUCCCGACACCGCUGUCAGAUAUUACCAAGUUCGAAAAAAAUAAUCAGAACGUUUCUGUAAAUGUUUACGGACUUGAAAAACGAUUACAGCCACCGAAAAAGUAUCCUUCAUAUGAGGUUUUCCCACUCAAAGUCGUAGAUGAUGAAAAACGGGAUCACUUUGACUUAUUAUUAGUGACGGAUGGUAAUAAUACACAUUAUACUUACAUCUCAAAUUUUUCGAGAUUACUCCGUUCGCAAAAAACUAGUCAUGCAGGUCAAGUUAUAUUCUGUAAACGUUGCUUUACAUCGUUCGACAGACAGAAUUUAAAGUAUAAGUUAAGCGGGCAGGCGGCGCUUGAACAUCACAGGCUAAUAUGCGGACCACAUAAACCCAUACGACCUAAAAUGCCAAAAGAGGGAGAUGUGCUACAAUUCACCGCAUGGCAAAACGCGCAGAGACAUCCCAUAGUUAUAUAUGCCGAUUUCGAGGCUCUACUUGUAAAGACCGAAGAGGAAAAAGGGGGUAAUACAACA